AUGGCAGAAGGAAUUUUUUCUGUCAAAAAAUAUGUAAAUGUUUAUGCCACGACUGCACAAGGUUGUAUGUGGGAUAAGGUUUCCACGGUUGCAAAAGGCGUAGCCGUCAAUCAUCCACAAUUAUUGAACCGUGGAAUAAAACGUACGUUGCCACGGUUUUCAUCACCUGUGGUCAUCAAGUUGCCACAGUUAUCGAACCGUGGCAAAUACUAUACUCAGGCCACGGUUUUUUCUCCGUUGAAGAAUUUAGCGUGGUCUAAAGUGAAAAAUGCUGUAGUGAUCACUCCUUCAUCUUAUCCAAUGACAAAGAAACCAUGGAGAAAGUUUUUGUCACAUGUGGGUCCUGGUUUCUUAGUCUCAUUGGCCUAUCUUGAUCCUGGAAACAUGGAAACUGAUCUGCAAGCCGGAGCCAACCACGGAUAUGAGCUGCUGUGGGUGAUACUUAUUGGGUUGGUGUUUGCUCUUAUAAUUCAGUCACUGGCUACAAAUCUUGGUGUUUGUACUGGCAAACACCUUUCAGAAUUAUGUAAAGCAGAAUACCCAUUACUUGUGAAGUACUGCUUGUGGUUAUUAGCAGAGGCUGCUGUCAUAGCUGCAGACAUACCUGAAGUGAUUGGCACAGCCUUUGCACUUAACAUACUCUUCCACAUACCAGUAUGGGUUGGAGUUCUCUUAACUGGCUGCAGCACUCUCUUGCUUCUUGGUCUCCAGAGAUUUGGGGUGAGGAAGUUGGAAAUGCUUAUAGCAAUCCUAGUUUUUGUGAUGGCUGCAUGUUUCUUUGUGGAAGUAGCCUAUGUCAAACCCUCUGCUUCUGGUGUAUUAAAAGGAGUGUUUACACCCAAACUCAAUAAUCAUGAAGCCACAGGCGAUGCUAUUGCCCUUUUGGGUGCCCUUGUCAUGCCGCACAAUCUUUUCCUCCACUCUGCUCUGGUGCUGUCUAGAAAAGUACCUACUUCCGUUCGCGGCAUUAAUCAUGCAUGUAGGUUCUUUCUCAUAGAGAGUGGGUUCGCGCUGUUUGUGGCAUUUCUAAUCAAUGUGGCAAUGAUUUCUGUGUCCGGCACUGUUUGCACCGCUACCAACCUUUCUGCAGAAAAUACUGAUCAAUGCAGUGACCUUACCCUUAAUUCUGCUUCUUUCCUUCUCAAGAAUGUGUUGGGACGGUCGAGCUCAACCAUUUAUGCCAUAGCACUGCUAGCCUCAGGACAAAGUUCUGCCAUCACUGGAACCUAUGCAGGGCAAUACAUCAUGCAGGGUUUCUUAGACUUGAAGAUGAAAAAAUGGAUUAGGAACUUGGUGACAAGGAUCAUUGCCAUAACACCUAGUCUUAUUGUCUCUAUCAUUGGUGGUUCUGCUGGUGCUGGUCGACUUAUCAUCAUCGCAUCGAUGAUACUUUCUUUUGAGCUUCCAUUCUCUUUAAUUCCACUGCUUAAGUUUAGCAGUAGCAGUACCAAGAUGGGACCUCACAAGAACUCAUUGAUUAUCAUUAUCUUCUCGUGGAUAGUAGGCUUGGGGAUAAUCUGUAUCAAUCUAUGAAGCACGGACUCGGACACGGACACGGGACACGGAC